UGUUAUAUAUUACAUAAGAAUAAUAAAAUAAGCUUUAAACUUAUUAUUUAUGUAUUUCUUUUUACAGAAUUCUAAUUCCGAUUAAAAUAAAAUUUCUACUCAAAGUUUAUUUCUGUUCUUUUGCAUCCUGCGUGAUAAAGAACACGUUGUACAAUCAUCGAAAUACAUUUUCCUUCGAAUGCGUUGUAGGUUUUCACCGCAAAAGAAAGACAAAUGGACAAAUGGUGUCAUAACAGUAUUUUCAGAGUAGCAAAAUCACCCCUGGGUCGGUAGCACGUUUCCGCUGUUCAAAAAUAAAAAAAAAAGUCAGCAUGGACCAGUUUAUUUCAACGUAUCAAAAAGAUUACACGUGGCCUUCCACGAAGAUUCAACACGCGCCAGCUUUAUUGCGCGAAGGUGGUCCCUGUCGAUGUGACGAACGUUCGCGCGUGCUAAAGGUCAUUGAACUGUGCGGAGAUGAUCAGGAUUGGAGCCGUAUAGGUCCCAUGGGACGGCUUCUGGACCCUAAGUUGUACCCUGCGAAAACAGGGCCGCAUCCUGAGACAGAGGUGACCAAGUUCGAUCAACCGAGCACGUACAUGAGAAAAUUGGAACAGAAAUAUCCCAAUCUCUAUGGAAUUCUACAGAGCACGCCUAUGGACGAGAUAAUUCAACGUGUGGAUCAGGAUCGACUCAUUACGACCUACCAGAUGGACUACGGCGAUAAGGCAAUUACGGCUACAGAAGAUGCAGAAAUCGAUCCUUGCGUUUCCAUCAAACAACCAUUAAAAAUAGAUUGCCGUCCGUCUACUCGAUCUCGGCAUCCUAAACGCGACGCAGGUCAGAAAAGUGAAACGAAGACAUCGAGGAAAAAAGUCGAAGAAGAUACUCAAGAAACUCGACUACCACCUUGGCGUUCAGAGUAUCAAGACAAUAUUAGUCGAUUAGGACACGCCAUUAUGAGAUCAAAGAUUCAUCACAAAAAAGCUGCAGGGCCAGCUUGGUCAAUGGCUCUUUUAUAA